UCAUUGGAAUUUUCGAAGGAGAGAGAGUGCUCAAUCACUGCCAAAAGUACUGAAGAAGAGGUGCGUAGGAUAAGCAGAGAUGAUGUUCUCGAAUCUUGCCCGGGGUGCGUAGGAUAAUAAGAAUCUGUAACCUUUUUUUUUCUUUUUUAUUUUGGGGUCGUGGUGAAGUGUGUUGUUCUGGAAUCUUGAGCAGGGGCGUAGGAUAAGCAGAAAUUGUAAUCUUUGGCUGUAAUUGCGUUGAGCUCCUAUAAGCUGCGAUUGAAGCCUCAGUGUAGAGUGUGUGUGUAAGCGCUAGCAAAAAGCUUGCUUUUUUUGUGUGUGGCACUUUGGCAUCCUGUUUCUUUAAGGUGUGGGGGAGAUUAAAAUGGGUGGUGCGCAGUUUAGCAAUGGCCAUCGGAGGAGGGAAGCUCCGGUGAGACUGGCAUUCUUCUCGGUAUGCUUAUGGAGUCUGAUCUCACUAUCCUGCGCCAAAAUGCUAUCUGCUUCAAGACAGAAGCUUGAAGUUGAGAAACACUUGAACAGACUCAAUAAACCUCCUGUUAAAACCAUUCAGAGUCCAGAUGGAGAUAUAAUUGACUGUGUCCACAUUUCUCAUCAACCAGCUUUUGAUCACCCUUUUCUCAGAGACCACAAAAUCCAGAUGAGGCCUAGCUAUCACCCGGAAGGAAUUUUUAAUGAGAACAAGAUGUCGACAGGGCCUAAUGAACGAACUGACUCAAUCACUCAGCUGUGGCACAUGAACGGGAAAUGCCCUGAGGACACCAUACCGAUAAGGAGAACAAAGAAAGAAGAUGUCUUGAGAGCAAGCUCGGUGAAAAGGUACGGGAAGAAGAAGCACAGAACUAUCCCCAAGCCCAAGUCCGCAGAUCCUGACCUCACCAACGAGAGUGGUCAUCAGCACGCAAUAGCAUAUGUCCAAGGAGACAAGUAUUAUGGUGCAAAAGCAACUAUUAAUGUAUGGGAACCUAAAAUACAGCAGCCUAAUGAGUUCAGUUUGUCCCAAAUUUGGUUACUGGGAGGUUCAUUCGGUGAAGAUCUCAAUAGCAUUGAAGCUGGUUGGCAGGUUAGCCCUGAUCUCUACGGUGAUAACAACACAAGAUUGUUCACAUACUGGACUAGUGAUGCAUAUCAAGCCACCGGUUGCUAUAAUCUUCUCUGCUCUGGUUUCAUUCAAGUCAGCAGUCAAAUAGCAAUGGGUGCAAGUAUCUCUCCCGUCUCUUCCUAUCGAAAUUCCCAAUACGAUAUCAGCAUUCUUGUGUGGAAGGAUCCAAAAGAGGGAAAUUGGUGGAUGCAGUUUGGCAAUGGAUACGUAUUGGGUUAUUGGCCAUCUUUCUUAUUCUCCUACUUAACAGAGAGUGCUUCCAUGAUAGAAUGGGGUGGUGAGGUCGUAAAUUCACAACCCGACGGGCAGCACACUUCGACUCAAAUGGGCAGCGGUCGAUUCCCAGAAGAGGGUUUUGGCAAGUCGGGCUAUUUCAAGAAUAUCCAAGUUGUUGACAGUUCCAACAAUCUUAAGGCUCCUAAAGAACUUGGCACAUACACUGAACAAUCCAACUGCUAUGAUAUCCAAACAGGUGGUAAUGGAGAUUGGGGCCAUUACUUCUAUUAUGGAGGCCCUGGCAGAAACCCUAAUUGCCCAUGAAGUCAAAAAGGUAAAAUAGUAAAGGACCCCUUUAGGUUAAGGUCACUGUAUCAAUCAUCAAUAUGUUUAUGUACACCCUUUUUCUCUCUCUACUUUAUUUUUUCCAUGCAAGUGAAUGGGAAAGUGGCCAAGUUAAUUUUCUUGAAAAAGCAAAGGCCCAUCCAUGUCA